ACCCUAUCAUUUUUAAAUUUUCAAUUCUGGACUUUCUUUUGUGUGACAUACCGCGGAGUGUCCAGUUGAAACAAUUAUCGGAAUAAAAUUCCGGUAAAAGGCUGCACUGCAAGUGCAGCUGCCUGCUAGAAAAAUAGCUGCUUCCACCUUCUACCACCCCAAACCCGCCCACUCUGUGUUGUUGAGUCAAUUUCGCAACAAAGUUUCGCAAAUGCCGCUAACACCUAAAUGUAUAUGCAAGUUUUGCUAGCUACCGGUAACAUUCUAGAAAAAGUAUUGCAUUCAUAUCAUAAUAUAGCUAUUGCAUAUAGUCCUUGCUUAGACGUAUUAUAGUUGCUAGACAGAUUUGCAGACUUGAUAAAAGGAAAACAUGGAAGCUACGAGUAGUAAUAACGAUCGACACCCGGCUGAGUUGAAGAAACAGAUGCGAGAGGAUAAGCAGCGGGAAGCAAAAAUACAGGAACAGCUGAACAAACAACUGACCGGCAUGUCGAUGGAGGAAAAGUUCAACCUGGUCCAGAAGCGGCUGGUUGACGCGGAGAAGGAGAAUAAACGGCUACAAGCGCUGCACAAACAGUACGAACGCAGCCUAGAGGCCACCAAAAAGGAACGCGAAGGUAUGAUACUCGAGCACAGCAAGGUUGCGAUGACGAAGACCAAACUGGAACAGCUGUGCCGCGAGUUGCAAAAGCAGAACCGAAUGAUCAAGGACGAGAGUCUGUCCAAAAUCAAAGAGGAGGAGGAAAAGCGCAAGGAAACGCAGGCCAAAUUUCAAAAGUCACUGAACGAAAUUCAAUCUGUGAUGAAUGAGAAUAAUGAGAAAAAUCUGCAACUCAAGGAGGAUAACAUGGAGAUGGCUAAAAAGUUUAAAUUCAUCCUGGAGCAAUAUGAACUAAGGGACCAACAGAUGGACAAGAUGAACAAGCAGAUGGAUUUGGUAACGCAGUUGAACGAAGCAAAACUUGCCAAAGCUACAAUGGAGGCGGCAGCUGAAAAAGAGAAAUUUCUUGCAGAAAAAGAGCUAAUAAUCACUGAGUUGACAAAAGUGAAGAAGCAGUUAACCGACCUACAAAUGGUUGAGCAUCAUCUUCGUGAGCAAGUUAACAUGUAUUCAGACAAGUACGGCGAGUUCCAGGAUUCUCUGAAGAAGAGCCAUAGCAUUUUUGUUGGCUACAAGGGUGAUAUGGAAAAGAUGUCCAAAAAAAUCAAAAGCCUUGAAAAGGAAACCUCUACGUGGAAGUCGAAAUGGGAGAGGAGUAAUGCCGCUCUACUAGAUCUCGCUUCCGAGAAACAAGUCCGUGAUGAACACAUAAUGAAAACUGCCCGACAAUUGUUUCAGCUGCAGAAACUAUGUCGAACGUUACAAAAUGAACGAACCGCCUAUUUUGGAGCUUUGAAGGCUAACAACAUAGAAAUUCCGGAGAUCGUAGAGGUUCCCUGCAAAAUGCCUGAACCGGAGCCUUUACCGGUAACAAAUGCUAAAAAACAAGACGAUCGUUUGGAGAUUAUGACCAAAAACUGUACGGCACUCAAGGAGAAUUUGGCAGCCCUGCAGGGACAGCUGAGCGCUAUUCACUCGCAAACGUCAGAUGCUACCGAAGCAACGGAAAAAGCUGCAGAACCGGUAAAUGGGAAAGUGGCACCUCAACAGAAUGGAGAGCCACAACCGGGUAAAAAAAAUAAAAAAGACAAAAAAGGAAAAGGCGUGGCGGCAGAUUUGGGGACUGAAACUACCCAGCAGAAAUUGUCUGAAAUUAAGCUGGGUGAAAAUGGAUCCUCUGAAGACAGCAAAGAGGUGACUCCGCCAAACGAACAAGUGAAGACUGACACUUCCGCUAAGGAGGCAAUUACCGGUACCGAUGAUGUAGCAGCUACUUGUGAAACGACGGAACAAGUGCAACAAACGCCAGUCGAAACGACGUAAACCUUCAGGUUACUCCAGAAUAACAAAGUUUCUUUAAGUAUAUACUAAAUUACUAGGAAUAUCUCUCGUCAACAGUUUCAGUCCUUUCGCGUUUAUAUCUGUUGAUUGUUGAAGCAAUAUUAUUGCAGCCCAGCUGAACAUGAUUAUCAUAGCGAGCCCCAGUGCUCCCCCAAGAUAUCAGCUUUCGACUCUUGGAGAGAUAUUUAUACACAGCUUAGAGCACCAGCUGCUACACCAUGUGGAUUUCAAUAGGAAUCCCUACGCAAAGAGCUUUUUACAGAAUUUUUAGAACGUUCGACUAAAUAUGCGCUCAGGGAGAUUGCAAACUAAGCCUCUGUCUUCUACAGCAGUACGUUAAUGAAACCAUUUGUAUUUUAUUCGCUAUUGACUGAAAUUUAUUGAAUUCGCGGACGUUGGACCGGGUGGCACCUGGUGUUUAUAAGCCGUGUAUUUUCUGAGCAAUGGUACCACAGAAGAGAAAAAAACAUGAUUUUGGCUAACGAGAAUGAAUGAACUGCCUAGCUUCCCAUGUUUCAGACUUUGCAUCAAUCAUCAGAGGUCUAUAUUUUUGAUUUUUGACCCGAAUCGUAAUCAACUAUUUAUUAAUAAAAAAUAUGCGUUUAUAAUAUUAUGUA